UGGUGACCGAACACAUGGUACCGGUUCUCCCUUAAGCUUCUUUUCCUUUCCAUUUUGUUAAGGAAUUCCAAUCUCUGGUUGUGCCAAUCUAUCAUGAAUUUUUCUUGCAAUCGCUUCCGUCUUCGGGUGUGUUCUGACACUUGUUUUGAUGCUUUGAUGUUAUCGAUAAGGACCAAAUGAUGUCUUAUUCAUGGUUAUUGCUGUAGUAUUGUAACGUGAUUCAGAAUGUGGAACUUUGCAUCUAGUCUCAUUUCUGGAAGCCAGGGUCUGAAAAAUGAAUAUGAUUCUCCAAAGCCUAAUCACCCUGUUUCAGAAUAUUCUGAUGACGAGACUUCUAUGGUGAGCAGAGAGGAAAGGCUGGAAUGCCCAAUAUGCUGGGAAUCCUUUAACAUUGUUGAAAAUGUGCCUUAUGUCUUAUGGUGUGGUCACACUCUUUGUAAAAAUUGCAUCCUUGGAUUACAAUGGGCUGUGGUGAAAUUUCCAACACUGCCAAUUCAGCUUCCACUGUUUAUCUCCUGCCCAUGGUGUAACCUUUUGUCUCUCCGUUUAGUGUACCAGGGAAAUUUGAAAUUCCCUCGCAAGAACUAUUUCCUUCUUUGGAUGGUUGAGAGCAUGAACGGUGAUGGAGUAAAGUCACAUUCUACUGUGUGUGGGGAUCAUCAACAUGUUUGGCCAAUUAAAGACAGCUUAACAACAGUAAGCCAAGUAAGCCAUGGCAGUCAUCAGAGAGAACAAAUUUGCCAUUCAGAGUCUUCAAUUUCCGAUCAGUAUCAUGGCAAUACCAGUAAUUACCUUAGUAUAGAAACCCUGCAUACAUCUCUGCGGAAGUCGCUGGUUUUAUUUAUUCACUUGACUGCAAAGUUCCCACUGAUAAUUAUUUUUCUUUUGAUUGUCUUAUAUGCAAUACCAGCCAGUGCAGCCAUUUUGGCUCUGUAUAUUCUAAUUACCGUUCUGUUUGCUCUCCCGUCGUUUCUCACCUUGUACUUUGCAUAUCCUAGUUUGGAUUGGCUUGUCAGGGAAAUUAUCAAUUGAGAUUGAGGUUGUAUGUCUUAUGCUUUGAAAGCAUAAUGAAUGUUAGUUUGCUUCAACUUGUGGCCACCUUCAUCCAGUGUCAACAUCUCCAUUUAUAACAUGUAUCGUUUAUCUUAUCAUAUAUAGCCCCAGUCAAUCUCAGUACAGUUUUUGGGUUUUUAGCUCUGGUUGAGCUUGGCUGGUUGGUAGGAGGGAUAUCAGUUUCUGGCACAAACUAUUUUGAUGACGACCAAGGCCAUGGAAUGAAUAAGGUAGUAAAUAAUGAUUUUGCCAUUUCCUGUGGCAAAUGGUUGCUUUAUCAGUAUUUGAACUUCAUAAGAACUCCCUGAUGUAUUGUAGUUAUCAAGUGGAUCAAUAACAGAAAAUUAUUUUUAUUAAA